AUUAUAAAUUAUAAGCAAUUAAAAGAGUUCAAUAUUAUUUUACUCUUAAAAAUAAUAUUUUAUAAUAAAUUUCGUCUUAUAAUAUUAAAAAAACAUGUCUAAAAAAGUUAUUUUAUAUGAGUUUUUCUUAUAUUGGCAAUUAAGUCAAGUUAUAAAUGUAUAUUGUGAUUCUCAAAGUAAAAAUUUUAAAAAAUAUCUUAUUAACUCAUUAAACCACAUUCGUGUUCAAAAUGGAUGGGACUUAAUUCAACAAACAGAAAUUAAACUUGAGCACUUCACAAUUAACACCAUAAGCAUCACAAGUGACAUUAUUAAUGAAAAUAACUUUAUACAAAAACUCUACUGUAUAACUUGUUUUUUAAAUUGUGAAUUUACUAACCUAAUGCAAACUUUUAAUGUAAUGUUAGGCCUUAUUUUAAAUAAGUGUGAAAUGAAUGUUUUAAAUAAUCAAUUUACUGAAUUGAAAUAUUGCACAAAUCUUAUUAUUCAUAUUUUUAAAUGUUCAGUAAAUAUGUUUAAAAAAAUGUUGAAAACAGCAAAAUAUCUCGAAAAAAUCGAUCUACGAAUUAUAGACUCGCCUAUUCUUAAUAUUAAAACUGUAGAUUCUGAAAUAAAUUUUUUUUACACACACGCAUUAGAGUUAAUCAAUGACUCAUUAGUUAAUUUAUAUAGUAUUGAAAGAUGGGUAAAUAUUUAUGAAAAUAUAAAAGAUUUCAAUAGAAAAGCUGAAUUAGUGACAACAAAUCUUUACAAAAUUAGAAAAGUGUGUGGGGCAGAAUAUAAAAGUUCUAUUUUAAUCAAUUUAAUGAUGAAAUAUAAUAUCGAUCAAAUGGAAAAGCUGGUAGAGGAUUCCUACGAUUAUAUUGAUGAUAUUCAUAAAGAUCUUGAAUUAUAUAUUUUGGAUAGAACUGAAAACUGUUACUCAAAACUAGGCUUUGAACAACUAAACGGAACAAAUACGUUUAAGUAUAUUCAUUCCAACAGUAAUAUGUACCGCAUUUAUGAAGGCAUUGAAUUGUGUAAUCAUUUAAUAUCUCACGCUGGUUGGAUGUCAUGGAAACAUAUAGCUGUUGAAACAGAACCUACAAAAGGAAUACCACUAUAUUUUAAAGAUAUUGUACAAACUGUUGAUAAGAAUAAUUAUUAUUUCAUAAGGUCAUAUCUUGCAAUUAUUUUAAGAUGUCGCUAUAUUGAAAUAUUCAAUAAUUUUAAUGUAAUGUUGGGACAUAUAAUUAAUGUUUGUAAAUAUGAAAAUAAAAUUAAUUGCGCGGUUAGGCUUUAUGAAACACUUAUGCUGUCAGAUGAUAUGUUUAAAAAAAUGUUCAUUGCUCUGACUACUUUGAGAUACUAUGAAAAGGAAAAAAAAUAUCAACGUCAAGAAUUAUUAAUACAGAAAGUGGUAGAGUUUUUUAUUGAUUAUUUGAAUCAUGUUAGAAAAAAGUAUUUUUCCUCAAUUUUAUUUAUUAAUGAUGGACUUUAUGAAGCUCAAUCGUUUUUUGAAGACGUAGCUCACUUUCAUUCUUUAGAUUUACAGAGAAAAUUAAACGACGUAAUUCAAUUUGACAUGAAAUAUUGCAAAAUUAAGAAAUGUGAAACAGACAUAAUUACAGCAUUUGAACAAUUGAUUCAAACCAAUACCUUAACAGAAUAUAGUACUCUUCAUGUUAUGUGUGAUUAUUUAGAAACAUUUUUUCUAAACGUUGUGAAAAAUGAUUAUGAGUAUUUAGGUUUCAAUGAUUUGCCUUGUAAACUUUGAUUUUUUAUUGAAGACUUAAUAAAAUAAUGGAUAUAUGUUAUUAUAAAAUAAUUAUUUUUUCCUAAAAAUAUUUGUAAUACGACAAAAAGUUUUCUUUUUUAUAUAUUUGUAUAUUAUGGUAAUAUUUUACUUUGGUUGAGCCGAUUUUGGGACGUAUAACUGUCGUGCUUUAUCGGUAAUUCUGUGCUUGACGUUCGGUUGAUACCCGAAGACGUUAAUCUUAUUCUCUAAUUAUAAAAGUUGUAGGCAUAAUAAUAUUUCUUUAUAUACGUCUUAUUUUUUUCU